UUAGCAUUGUGCUGUUCUUGUCAUUACUUAGCCUGCCGAGUCCUCUCAAAAUAAAUCAUUAUCAAAAUGUUCAAGAUCAUUGCCCUGUUCGUCGUCGUUGCCUGUGUUGCCUCGGUUUCGGCCAAGGCUGACCCCAAGCCCCAAGGUGUCUUUACGUACAGCGCUCCGGUGGUUGCUACGACUGGUUAUGUAGCUGCUCCGGCCACAGCAACCGUCUUCGAGCAGUCCUUCCACGGAAACUUUGCACCCGCAGUCUACGCUGAUGGCACCUACCUGGCCCCUCCGUUGGCAUACUCGUAUUCGGCCUAUGAUCCGUUCGUUGCCGCUGCCGCUCCAGUCACUGUUCUGCUCAAGUAGAAUGUAAUAGUGUACUGUGGCGUCUAGAUCUUGGAAGCUGUGAUUAUUAACCUGAUGCACAAUAUUGAUGAUAACUUUGUUGAAAAAUAGAUUAAACGGAUGAACUGAACCUUGAUA